CACAAUUCAGAGCGUUGAGUGACGCUAUAUUACUUGUAACUUCAUUUAAUUCUCUCAUCUGUCUCCCAUUCAUUGCCUUUCCCAUUUCCUUUAAAUCUCACCUUCAUUCUUUCCAUUUUCUUUGCAAUUCAAUUCACAAUCAAAAAAGAAAAAUGACCCCAAAUUUACCCGACUUCUUGAGCUCAGUGAAGCUCAAAUACGUAAAACUCGGUUACCAAUAUUUAGUUAAUCACUUCAUUACUCUCCUGCUUAUUCCAGUCAUGUUUAGCAUCUUACUACAUCUUCUCCAACACGGCCCGUGUGAGAUCAUCCAAGUAUUCUCGUCUUUCCACUAUCUUAACUCGUUACAAAUUAUAUGUUCUUUGUUUCUUAUUGUAUUUGUGUCCACCUUGUACUACAUGUCCCGCCCACGGGCCGUGUACUUGGUGGACUACGCUUGUUUUAAGCCACCCGCUAUGCUUAGGGUUCCAUUUUCGGCUUUUAUGGAGCAUUCGAAACACAUUGUAAAAGACCAAAAAAGUGUAGAUUUCCAAAUGAAGAUUCUAGAGCGAUCCGGGUUAGGGGAAGAGACGUGUUUGCCUGCCCCUAUUCAUUAUAUUCCCCCUUCGCCGAGUAUGGCUGCUGCUCGCGAGGAAGCUGAGGAUGUUAUCUUCAGCUGCCUCGACAAGCUGUUUACCAGUAGUACUGGUGUUAAAGCAAAGGAUAUCGAUAUUUUGAUUGUUAAUUGUAGCUUGUUUUCACCUACACCGUCUUUGUCGGCGAUGGUGGUGAACAAGUAUAAGUUACGAAGUAAUAUUAAGAGUUUUAACUUAUCUGGGAUGGGUUGCAGUGCAGGGUUAAUAUCAGUAGACUUAGCUAAAGAUCUUUUACAAGCUCAUCCUAACUCUAAUGCUGUCGUUAUUAGCACUGAAAUUCUAGUCCCCAAUUUUUAUUGUGGGAAAGAAAGAGCAAUGCUCCUCCCAAACUGUCUGUUUCGAAUGGGAGGAGCGGCUAUUCUUCUUUCCAACAAGACGGCCUACAGAAGGCGGGCUAAGUACCGCCUUCUGCACGUAGUCAGAACACACAAAGGAGCCGACGACAAGGCUUACAAUUGUGUGUUUCAGAAGGAAGAUGACUGUGGAAUAGUUGGGACUGCACUGUCAAAAGAUCUUAUGACUAUAGCAGGUGAAGCACUAAAAUCAAACAUUACUACUUUAGGUCCGUUAGUUCUACCAACUUCCGAGCAACUCCUUUUUCUACUCUCUUUAAUCGGGAGGAAGCUCGUUAACCCCAAAUGGAAGCCUUAUAUACCCGAUUUCAAGCAGGCGUUUGAGCAUUUUUGUAUCCACGCAGGUGGUAGGGCGGUUAUAGAUGAACUCCAGAAGAACCUUCAGUUGUCAGGUGAACAUGUAGAGCCAUCUAGAAUGGCUCUACAUAGAUUUGGGAACACUUCGUCGUCGUCGUUGUGGUACGAGUUGGCCUACAUUGAGGCCAAAGGGAGGAUGAAGAAGGGUGAUAGAGUUUGGCAAAUUGGGUUUGGAAGUGGGUUUAAGUGUAAUAGUGCUACUUGGAAGUGUUUAAGAGGUGUUACUUCUGUUAACAAAGAUAGUCCUUGGGUUGAUUGUAUGGAUAAGUAUCCUCUUCAUAUUCCUGAAGUUGUCGAGUUUUAAUUAAUUAAAUAAGGGAUCCCAUUAAUUAAUCCCUUUUUUAAAAGAAAUUUAUCAGUUUAUUUUUUGUUUUUUUUUGUUUUUAAGUGUUAGUUUAGUUUAUCUGUAAUGGGUGGGUUGGUUUUCUAGGUGUGAUUUGUAAUGUGAUUUCUAGUAUUUAAUUUGAUAUUCAAGAAAUAAAUAUGAUCUAUUCUGUUGA